CUCAGCUUUAGGAUGUGAGCUCUUCCACUGGAAGCUCUUCGAGGGAAGAACUGAGGUGACUGCGUCCGACAGGCCGAGCAGUGCGCGUGCGGAUGAGGGUGGGCGCGGCAGAAGAGGUCCCUACUGCGCAGGAAGAGCUGCAACCGAGGAGAGAAAUACAAAUCUGAAAUUCUCAUCUUGUAGAACAAAGUUGCUAAUACAAAUGAAAGUUAAAGAAUUGCUUUUCUGCAGAAUUCUGCAGUCCCCCAAGCAAUUAGAAAACAGUGAAAUGGAAAGCAAGUGCUGUGGUCAUCCCAUGUUAUGCUCCUUGUCAACAAUGUAUACGUUCUUGCUAGGGACCAUAUUUAUUGCUUUAAGCUCAAGUCGCAUCCUAUUGGUAAAAUAUUCAGCCAAUGAAGAGAACAAAUAUGAUUAUCUUCCAACUACUGUGAAUGUGUGCUCAGAACUAGUGAAGCUGGUUUUCUGUGUGCUUGUGUCGUUCUGGGUUAUAAAGAAAGAAAAUCAUCAAAGUAGAAACUUGAAAUGUGCUUCCUGGAGGGAGUUCUUUAAUUUCAUGAAGUGGUCCAUUCCAGCCUUUCUUUAUUUCCUGGAUAAUUUGAUUGUCUUCUAUGUCCUUUCCUAUCUUCAACCUGCCAUGGCUGUUAUCUUCUCGAAUUUUAGCAUUAUAACAACGGCUCUUCUAUUCAGGAUAGUGCUGAAGUAAGUAACUUGUUGUGAAAGCAUAUGUGGUAUUUUAAAACGGCACAACCCUGUUUCAGGUGAUAUGCCCAGAGCACUGAACCCUCCGGUUCCCAAGGCCAGGAUUUUAUUCCUUACUAGAGGCCUGGUGCACGAAUUCGUGCAUGGGUGGGGUCCCUUGGGGUGGCCUGUGGGGAUCAGGCCCCAGCUUGCACCGCCAGGCUUGCAGCCCCAGCUCUUGCCUCCAGCCUCGCAGCCCCCGGCCCCGCCUGGCACCCCACCGUGGCCUGGCACCACCCCCUCAC